GAAGCAAUUAUUCAAUUAAUGAACUUUUGGAAUCUUUUGCAGGACUGGAGACGAGAGCAACAAGAAGGUUACAAGCAGUCAGACUUGGCAAGCCAAUGCGUUCACAGAUUCAAAAUUUACGUUGAAGGAUCUGCAUGGUCCGUGAGCGAGAAAUACAUUCUGGGAUGCGAUUCUGUUACAUUACUUGUGACGCCUCAUUACUACGAUUUCUUCACAAGAAGUUUGAUACCGUUGCAACACUAUUGGCCGAUAAAAGAGAACGACAAGUGCAGAUCGAUUAAAUAUGCAGUCGACUGGGGAAAUAGUCAUGGAAAAGAGGCUCGGGCCAUUGGCAAGGCAGCAAGCAGUUUCAUUAUCGAGGAUUUGAAGAUGGAUUAUGUAUACGAUUACAUGCUCCAUCUCUUGACGGAGUAUUCCAAACUCUUAAAAUACAAGCCUAGCGUGCCUCGAAGAGCAGUUGAGCUCUGUUCAGAGUCGAUGGCUUGCCCUGCACACGGGGUCGAGAAGAAAUUCAUGACUGACUCGCUGGUUGAAGGUCACUCUUAUUCGAGCCCAUGCACCAUGCCUCCACCCUAUGAUCCUGCGUCUCUUCAUUCCGUUCUUGAGAGGAGAGAGAAUUCAGUAAAGCAAGUAGAGACAUGGGAGAAACAAUACUGGGAAACUCAAAAUAAGCAAAUAUAGAAACCUUAAAACUUGUAAUGUUUUCGUCAAUAUUACACAUAGAUUUAUCUUAUGUUUGUAACUUGUAUUGUUUAUAUACAUGAUCAUAAUCUAUAAAUGAAUGACUUGUUUCUUUUA